UAUAAUACCGAAUUGAAGUUCACGUUUGAAUUGUGAGUGAAAGGGGGCCCCCAGAAAAAAGAGUAUUCCCCCGCAGUGAAAUAAGGCGUGUUCCAUCCGUACAAAUACAAAUACAAAAAGAAAAGCAAGAAAGCAAAGAAAAAGUAUAAAGGAAAUGCCCAAAAGGCAGACAGAUAGGCUGACGGAAAAGGAAAAUCCGCACUAGGACUCGCGCAUUACCAUAAUGCUAAUGCUACCGGGAGUGGAAUAUAAGUUUCUAGUUUCCUCGAGCCAAAUGUGUAAUUCGAAAAAGUUUCCCCUUCUAUUUUCUAGCGCGUGUGUCUGUGACAAAUAAUUUCCUAAGGUCACAUAAAUGAAAAUUCCCCCUAAUACAAUUUGGAAAAUGUAAAAUAUAUAAAUCUAUUCCUAACGCUAAACAACAAAUAAACACAAGAUCAAAAACUUAAUCGACGCUUAACCGAAAAUCCUUAAAAUCUAAACAAGCAAGUGAAAAUAAUACUCUUUAGUUGCUAUUGCCCCCACAAAAUGCUGCCAAACCACGCCUGAGCCUCAACCUCAACUCAACCUGAACCUGGGCCUUUCAACCACGAAUCAAGGCCAGAACACAAACUGUGAUCAUAGACAUAACAACGAGAAUUGCCGCUGGAGCACUUGGCCCGAGAGAGUUCAAUACCCAGAAGGACAUCGUCACGACCACAAAGAACACAGUCAGUCCCGGAAGCCAGAAAGCCAAAAAUGAGGGAGGCCGACAGGAGUACAAAGGACAUAGCCAGCAGCCUGCCAGACCGCAAUUGAAGGAUUUAUAGAGCCGCAGAUAUAUAUAUAGAUAUAUAUAGAGACCGGGCCGGAUAAUCGGAAUCAAUUGCCCCGGCGAUAGCAAUCGGAGGAGCAGCAGCAGAGGACCAGAGCUGAGGAAAAGCGGAAAAGAGGGGCAGCACACACACCAACGGAGGCUGUAAUGACGACAAUUGACGCGAUGUAGCGCAGACUUAUGGUCGGCGAACGCGACAGGGACCGUGAGGCGGUACGCUGGGCAACGGGUGAAUCGACACCGCUCCAAACCAAUAAUGGAGUAUUACAAAUGGUCGGGCAAUUGCAAGGUGGACAGGCUGCUGGCCAGCAACAGCAACAGCAGCAACAAGCGACUCAGCAACAGCAACUCUCGAAACAGCAGCAGCAGCAGCUUCAGCAACAGCUGCAGCAGCAACACAAGCACCAGCAGCUGCAGCAGCAGCAGCAGCAUCAGGAGCAGCAGCAACUCCUGUAUCAGCAGCAUGCAGCUGCAACUAAUGCAACCGACAUGGGCGACAAUCAGCCGUACUAUGACACCAGCGGCAACGUCGACUGGGAGCGGGCAAUGGGAGCCGCUGGAGCUGGUGCAUAUGGUGGCCUCGGCCUCGGAUCUCUCCCAGCAGCUGGCGGCGGUGCUUAUCACCUUGGGCCAGCUGGUGCCGCUGGUGCACGCCAGUUGGAUUACGCUGAUGGCGGCCACCUUGCUGGCCCAUCCGCCGGAAAUGCUGCAGGUCUUUCUGCGGGAUCUACAGCGGGAGCGGGAGCAGCAACAGGAUCAGGUGCAGGAUCAGGAGCCACAGCAGGAGGAGCAGGAGGAGGAGGAGGAGGAGGAGCAACACCAGCAGCAGCAGGCAAGGAGGUUCGCUACGCCCCAUUCCCAGUCGCAUCGCCAACGCACUCGAUUCCCACAACGUCACAGCAGAUCGCUGGCAGCGUCGGUGGCGGGGGCGUCGGUGGCGGAGGCGGAGGUGAAUCAAUUUCAGGUGGCAUGCCCACCCAGAGCCAGAGCCAGAGCCAGAGCCAGAGCCAGACCACCGGCGCCCUGCAGCGGACACAUUCCAGAUCCAUGUCCUCCAUACCGCCGCCCGAGCCAUUCAUGAUAGCCCAGUCCAAGGCGGUGAACAGUCGCGUGUCCAUCAAUGUGGGCGGCGUCCGGCACGAGGUGCUGUGGCGGACGCUGGAGCGACUGCCCCACACGCGGCUCGGGCGGCUGAGGGAGUGCACCACCCACGAGGCCAUCGUGGAGCUGUGCGACGACUACUCAUUGGCCGACAACGAGUAUUUCUUCGACCGCCAUCCGAAAAGCUUCAGCUCCAUCCUGAACUUCUAUCGCACCGGCAAGCUGCACAUCGUCGACGAGAUGUGCGUGCUUGCGUUUAGCGAUGAUCUGGAGUAUUGGGGCGUCGACGAGCUGUACCUGGAGUCCUGCUGCCAGCACAAGUACCAUCAGCGCAAGGAGAACGUUCACGAGGAGAUGCGCAAGGAGGCGGAGUCCCUGAGGCAGCGUGACGAGGAGGAGUUUGGCGAAGGUAAAUGCGCCGAAUACCAGAAGUAUCUGUGGGAGCUGCUCGAGAAGCCCAACACCAGUUUCGCCGCCCGGGUUAUCGCAGUGAUAUCCAUACUAUUCAUAGUCCUGUCUACCAUAGCCCUGACGUUGAACACCCUACCACAACUACAACACAUUGACAACGGUACACCACAGGAUAAUCCGCAAUUGGCAAUGGUUGAGGCCGUGUGUAUCACGUGGUUCACUCUAGAGUACAUACUUAGGUUUAGCGCCUCGCCGGACAAGUGGAAGUUCUUUAAGGGCGGCCUUAACAUAAUCGAUCUAUUGGCAAUACUCCCAUACUUUGUUUCGUUAUUUCUAUUGGAAACGAAUAAGAAUGCAACGGACCAGUUCCAGGAUGUGCGUCGGGUGGUGCAGGUCUUUCGCAUCAUGCGCAUCCUGCGAAUCCUUAAGCUGGCCCGUCACUCAACGGGCCUGCAGUCGUUAGGCUUUACGCUGCGUAACUCAUAUAAGGAACUCGGUCUACUAAUGCUGUUCCUGGCCAUGGGCGUUCUCAUAUUUUCUUCGCUGGCAUAUUUUGCCGAAAAGGAUGAAAAGGAUACAAAAUUCGUUUCAAUACCGGAAACAUUUUGGUGGGCGGGUAUUACAAUGACAACUGUUGGCUACGGGGACAUCUAUCCCACAACUGCACUGGGAAAGGUUAUUGGUACUGUGUGUUGCAUAUGCGGUGUUCUGGUAAUCGCUUUGCCUAUUCCCAUCAUCGUUAACAAUUUUGCUGAAUUUUAUAAGAAUCAGAUGCGACGCGAAAAGGCCCUCAAGCGCCGUGAGGCACUCGAUCGUGCCAAACGCGAGGGCAGCAUUGUCUCCUUUCAUCAUAUCAAUCUGAAAGAUGCGUUCGCCAAGUCCAUGGAUCUCAUCGAUGUGAUUGUCGACACAGAAAAGCGCGAGAGUCACACACGUUCACUGAAAAAUUGGCACCGUUUAACCCACGCGCUCCGCCGAUCGCCCACAGGCCACAAUCUCUCGCAAACGGACGGCAACAGCACCGAGGGCGAAUCCACCAGCGGACGCAACCCGGCCACCACCGGCACCGGCUGCUACAAGAACUACGACCACGUAGCCAACUUGCGCAACUCGAACCUGCAUCACCGUCGCGGAUCCAGCUCUGAGCAGGAUGCAGUGCCGCCAUACAGCUUCGACAAUCCAAAUGCCCGACAGACCUCGAUGAUGGCCAUGGAGAGUUAUCGCCGCGAGCAGCAAAUGUUGCAGAUGCAACAGUUACAGCAGCAGCAGCAACAACAGCAACAGCAGCAGCAACAGCAGCAGCAACAGCAACUUAAGCCACCGAAUGGCGGAGCAGCCACAUCCGGAGUGGCCAACAACCUGGCCAUGGUGGCUGCCUCAAGUGCAGUCACCGCUGUGGCCACCACCGCCAGUACCAGUAAUCCCGGAGGUAAUACCCAAGGAUCGGAGGGUCCCGAAGGCGCCGAGGGCGGCGAUGACGAGGACAACCUCUCGCAGGCCAAGGGCCUGCCCAUCCAGAUGAUGAUCACGCCCGGGGAAGUGGCCGAGCUGCGACGCCAAGUGGCGCUGGAGAACCUGCAGAACCAGCGGAUGGACAACCUGGAGCAGGAUGUGCCCGUGGAAUUCGAGUGCUGCUUCUGCACGACCAAGGACUUCAAGGAGUACACCGAUGCGGAGGGCGUGAUCUCACUUCCAACUUCCGACUUCCACAAGCCAAUCUGUCUGGAGAUGCGUCUGGCUGCCGCCAAUCGCCAGGCGGGCGUCUUUGGACUCCUGGCAGGAGCAGCACAACCACCGCCACCUCUAAUGCAAGGACCCUUGUUGGCAUUGCCACCACCGCCUUUGCCGCUGCUGCAGCCACCUGCCACCUCCACCUGCCCGGCUGUCCUGCUGCCCGCCAUCUCACAGUCUUCGUCCACUUCCUCCUCGUAUGGCACCACCACCUCCACCACCAUUGCCCUACCCCUGGAUGCUUCCAUGCGUUACGGGGCCGCCAUCUGCAGUUCGUCGAACUUCAAUCACAAUUUCAACAACAACUUCAACACGACCACGGCGAACGGAAUGCUUCUCUUCGGUGGCGGCAACUACAAUGGGAAUAAUAACAACAACGCGGAUCUGGCCAGCGUGGACAGCUCGGACACAUAUGCCAGCUGCCAGACGCAUCCGUUCCUGUCGCAGGGCGAUCUCACGGCGGACUUUAACGACGAGGCCUGCGCCCUGGACAUCGAUAUGGACAACCUGUACAUAAAUCCCCUCGAGCGAGAGCAGCAGGGCAUCAGCAGCUCCACGGGCUUCAUUGUGGGCCUGCCGGCCACGAACUCCUCGGGCGCCCUGCGUGCCCAGGUGAAGAAGAGUGCCUCCGGCGACACGGCGCUGAGGAACCUGGCCUCGGGCGGUGCCGGUGCCGGCGGUCUUAGUCCCCUCGACGAUGUCUAUCAGAGCUUUGAUGUACAGGAACGCGGCAGCCGGGUCAGUCUGAAUGAGAACUCAGUGCCAAAGCACAGAAAGACGCGGUUCCAGCAGAGUUUCACUGCCAUGCGACCGACCAGUGCUGCCAGCUCUGGUUCCGGAAUGGGCCUACGUCCACGAGCCCGAUUCGAGGACACCAAGCUGGACGAUGAGACGAUCGGAAGAUUGGAGGGUAUAAGUCAGGCUGCAGCCGGUGCCUCUAGUAGUCCAGCGACCAGCGGCUCGGGGGGAUUCGGAGGCGGACCAGGACUGGGACCAGGACCCAAGAAGAAGCGCUCGGUAUUCAUGCCGGGCAAGAGCUUAGCCACUGCCACCAAACUGAUCAACCAGCAUUUGUUUGGCAUACAGAAUGUGGGCGCCAAAGCCAAGUUCGAGAGCAAGCAUUCCUCAUCGAUAGACUCGAUUGACGCCUCGCCCAAUCUGGAGCAUCAUCGACGCUCCAAGUCGAUCCUGAAAAACAAGUCUGAUGUCUCGCGCGUCCUGUCCGAUCCGGAAAGCGAGCGCCUACUCGCGGACAACAUGUCCGGUUCCGGUGUCUCCGACAAUGGCACCGUUAUGGGCGAAUCCGGCAGCGAUUACUCACCGAAUAAAUUACCUCAUUCAGUUUUAGCUAAGUCUAUAUCCCCACCACCCCUCAGGCACCGCACCCUAAUGCACCAGCGCUCAGGACCAGCGACCUUGCAAUCGAAGCCCACAAAGUUCCAAACGCCGCGCUAUCCCGAAGAGCAGGCUUUACGCCAAGUCAAGCCGCUCUUGUCGCGCACUGUACAAGCCACAUCCGCUUCCGGUUCGGCAACGGCAGGAUCAGCGGAUGGCCAGCAGACCAGGGACAGCAGUCUGGAUUCGGAGACGACCUUCACAUCGCCCGUAAGCAGUCCGCCGACUGUCACUGCCUCGACUUCCGCUUCCGCCUCUGCGUCUCAGACUGCCGCCGCCUCCGCCGCUCAGGAUGAUCGCGAGGAGGAGGGCGAGGCGGAGGCGAAUGAUGAGCAGAGGGCCUUGCUCCAAGGAGGCGAUGGCGAGACGGCCAAGGAACGAGCGGAGGGGAAGCGUGGAGCGGGCAAUGAGGGCACGUAGCAAUUAGGGACACACACA